CAUCGAGAUAUAAAACCCGAGAAUAUUUUAGUAUCCCAGUCAGGAAUUACUAAGCUCUGUGAUUUUGGUUUUGCACGAACACUAGCAGCUCCUGGGGACAUUUAUACAGACUAUGUGGCCACACGCUGGUAUAGAGCUCCAGAAUUAGUAUUAAAAGAUACUUCUUAUGGAAAACCUGUGGAUAUCUGGGCUUUAGGAUGUAUGAUCAUUGAGAUGGCCACUGGAAAUCCUUAUCUUCCUAGCAGCUCUGAUUUGGAUUUACUACAUAAAAUUGUUUUAAAAGUAGGCAAUCUGACGCCUCACUUGCAGAAUAUCUUUUCCAAGAGUCCAGUUUUUGCUGGGGUGGUGCUUCCCCAAGUUCAACACCCCAAAAGUGCAAGAAAAAAAUACCCAAAGCUUAAUGGAUUGUUGGCAGAUAUAGUUCACGCUUGUUUACAAAUUGAUCCUGCUGAGAGGAUUUCAUCUACUGAUCUUUUGCAUCAUGAGUAUUUUACUAGAGAUGGAUUUAUUGAAAAAUUCUUACCAGAGCUGAGAGCUAAAUUACUACAAGAAGCAAAAGUCAAUUCAUUCAUAAAGCCAAAAGAUAAUUCUAAAGAAAAUGAACUUAUGAAAGAUGAAAGAAAAACAAUUUAUACCAAUACACUGCUAAAUAGUUCAGCUUUGGGAAAGGAAAUAGAAAAAGAGAAAAAGCCCAAGGAGAUCAAAGUCAGAGUUAUUAAAGUCAAAGGAGGAAAAGGAGAUAUCUCAGAAGCAAAAAAAAUAGAGUAUGAAAGAGUACAUUGUCAGCAGGAUUCAACUGAAAAUGCCCAUGCUAUGUCUCAAGAUACAAGAUCUGUAAUCAUUGAACCACCAAACCCUGUCAAUCCCAGCACUAACUCUAAUGUCAUGAAAGAAGAUCCACAUGGUGGAGGUUGUAUGACAAUGCCACCCAUCAACAUAACUAGUACUAAUUUGAUGACUGCGAAUUUGAAUUUGAAUCUCUCCCACCCCAAUCCAAGGUUAACUGAAAGAGCAAAAAAGAGACACAUUUCUUCACAAUCUAUUGGACGAGUUAUGUCUAAUAACAGGCAAGAGGAUACAGGUCCCAUUCAAAGCCAAACGGAGAAGGGUGUAUUUAAUGAGCAAACAGGUCAAAGUGACCAAAUGGCAAAUGGGAACAAAAGGAAACUGAAUUUUUCCAGAUUUGACAGAAAAGAAUUCCAUUUCCCAGAAUUACCUUUCACAAUACAGUCAAAGGAGAUGAAAGGAAUGGAAG